AUGGAAAUUAUCGUCUUUUGGAAUCGCCGACCAGCGACUGGAGCUCUUUUAGCAGCCCUGGCUCAGCAACAGCCAACUUUUCGGCGUGUGUUCGGUUUCAUCGGCGGCGUGGUCGCCUACGCGGUCUCCACCAUAUUCAUCAUUUUGGUUGUGGCGGCUUUCGUUGCUCGGCACGUGCUGGACAACAAGAACACGAUCGCCAAGACCCACUCGCCCGAAGUCGUGCUAGCUCGCAUGCUCGCACGCUUCGAGGCCGGCUCCGUGAUCCCGCCCGUCAGAAAUUCCCACAUCGAUCGUCCAGAGGCCGUUGCUAUGCUUCAAGGGGUGCUGCGCCCCGCGCUGUUGAAGGACUACACGGUCUUCAUUGGCGAAGUAGGCUGCGGCAAGACCACCGCCGUCCUCGACGCCAUCCGAGCCAACAGCACUGGCAUUGUCUACCACAUCGUCCAAAGCGAGCUAAUCGUUGAUGUGCCGAAACGACUGGCGGGGUCUCUCGCGUUUGAGCCCAACCAGUUCACCUUCACAGAAGGCUAUUUGAAAGACUGUAGUGUUGAGAUGCAUCAAAUAGCAUCGGCAGAAGAACCUUUCAAGAGCUGGGCGAUACUCGAUUUCAGUCUUCGGGACGUCGCCGCACAGUUCAAGACCAAGCACGGUCACCCUGCCACGCUCGUCAUCGACGCCGUAGACAUGAUCGCCCAGCAGGGUCCAGCACUGUUGCAUGCGAUUCAAAAAUUUGCCAAGGCGGCUGCUGACGAGCAGCUGCUCAAUGUUGUUCUCGUCACCUGCGAUGUUUCGAAUCUGCCUGAGCUCAAGGCAUCGUCAGCAAUGACUCGUGCUCGCGUUGUCGAAGUGGGUGAUCUCACCGACCAACAAGCUGUCACAUAUCUGGUGCGUCGUGACAUCCACGAGGAUUUGGCCAAGCGUGCGGUCGCUGAGAUUGCUGGUGGGCGUCUCAUUCUGCUCAACAAUCUAGCAGACGACCUUCUGUUCAAGACUGUGGACGAGAUCUUUGAAGUGUUCUCCUCGCGUACUGAAAGCUCCCUCCAGCGCCUGAUUGACGAUUUGGCACUGUACAACGCAACUUCUGUCGUUCACAAGACACUCUGCGAUCUGACUCACGGCGCUCUGCACAUUGACAUCGUGCACUGCGCUCUGGGGAAAGACCUCACCAAGAAACUCCUCGCCACCCACAUCAACAUUCUCGCUUACCAUCCCAACGACACCUACACCCUUCACUCGCGCUACGUUCAGCGCUCUGUGUCUACCCUGCUGAACUGCACGAGACCGUAG